AUGAAUACCAAUCUAUCAAUCGGGGAGGAGGCGGAUCGGAUUCUAAUAAUGAAACGGUCUGUCGUGCCUGGCCACCGUUUGCACACUCGCUCCAACAGUGCCAAUGGAACGCAGAAUGUGCUUCUAAAGGUGUUGAACCGGGAGCAUUCAGGGUACUUUACAACCGGGUUGAACCGACGGUACCAUGAGGAACCGUUCCAGGAGGUUCCCGGCCAUCUGCAGUUCUGCCUGAAGGACAUUGUGCCGUACUGCUACUUGAACAACCACAUCUUCAUGGGUUUGACAAGCUGCGGUCAAUUUCUGCUGAGCUAUCGGCUUUCCUACGACUAUGAAGAGGUCCUGACGAAUGGCUUACAUUUCCGUUCCAAUCACAAAUACGAGUUAUUCUUUUGGAUCUACAGACCGCACAUGCUGCUGAGUAAAUACUUUCAGGUUUGCCUUUUCGACGACCAUGGCGUAGACGAAAUAAAAAACGUCUCGAUCACACAAUGGAAAACGGACAGUGGGCUUUUAAUCGUGCAUGGUGGCAACAUGAACGAGGAGUCUGAUUCGUACGUUACGAUGGUUCGCGUCCCCAAGCUUGGGUGUCUCGACUGCCGCGUGGUACGCGAUGCUCACAACGGAGAUGAAGAACGGCAGGACAUCCUUUGUAUUGGGUGUAACAUGACGAUUCACAUGAAAUACCGUAGCACCGAGGCGGGUCCAGGAUUUAACCCGAAGUUCAAUCUAAACUGUCCUGGGUACAUUAUCAUGAGCGAAAACAGCUUCAUCCACACGAUCCACGUAUCACUCGAUGUGCAGUCCAAAAAACUAGCUCCAACGGUAUCACUCAGCUCGAAGUUUUUGGGUAAAGCGGCGUCUCAAUCUGCAGGUGUGGUGGAAAAAUCUUCAGGUGGGUUCGUUCUCGACAAAUAUACGACGGCGAAACCUGCCAGCAAUUUUUCCGGACAGUGGAAGAAAAGUGAAGAAGCUGAGUUGGUGCCCACCGCCAACCCUGAGGUGGAGAUGAGUAUCGCAGAGCAAAUUAUUGCCGAUUUUGCUGAAUACGAGACUGACCUGUACGAAACGAAAUGCUCCAUCCGCAACUAUCCGGACAAUUUCGACGAGCUGAUCAUAACCUCACCAGCUUCGGUUAAUAAUGUAAUGUCGGAAGCCACGUCCGAACUUCCAUCGGCGAAGGUGCAACUGAUGAACCAUCUCAACAAUACGAACAUAGAGUUAAGACUUGACAAUGGUAGUCAGGAUGCUGCCGGUGCAACGAUGGUUGCUACUUCCUCGACGGCAAUACCCCGUACGGUUUCCAGCCUGGGCAAGGAUUCUCCAUUAGGCGUUAAAUCGUACGUAACGCGAAUCGAUCUUCAAUCCGGUGACAGUACCACGGGCACCACCGGCAAUCGUCCAGCUAACGAUGGAUUGUGUGAUAUUCCCAUUACGGCUACUUCCUCUACUACUACAACGAAUCCGGGAUUGUCAGCGUUACGAAGACGCUUCGUGCUUUCCGACACUGCUUAUGUUCCUAGCAUGCAGGGGCCUCCGCAGCAGGCUGGCCCUGUAAGCGAUGCCAAUUUAGAGGCGGAUCCGGCUGCCAAAGCGUACGAAUUCUCAGAAGACAAUGAACGGUGCGAAAAGAUCAGUGCGUUUCGCAAGCGCCGAUUAGCCGACAAAAAAUAUGAAUUUUCUGAAGAUAACAUCAGUGAGGAAAACAUCGAACCAUUUAACCGUCUGCGCAGCCAAAUUAGAGGUCGUGUUCCAACGCCCGGCUACAGCCCUUCCCACCACCAUGGCACCGGCUACGCAGAUAUCAUGCCGACUGCGCACCAUUUGCACCGAGCUUCACCGAAUCACGGGUUUCGUUCGCCUUGUGGUUCGCCAGUUGGCAACCGGUAUCUUCGGUCUCCGCCAGGAAUCCGCUCUCCUUCAUACUACAGGCACCGUUCACCAGUGUCGCAUGCAUCCUCCGUUGCAAAUGGUCUGUUUGCUGGUGCGGCGGCAGCGAAACAGCAACAGUUGCUGAAAAAGGUGACUCCUCUUGAUCCACGAGAUUACGUUCACUUCCUAUCGAGUGGAGCAACCGGAAGCGGAUUGAACGAGAAUACUUGUUCAGGAGGGCCCGGCGUUGGUACUCCAGACAUUCCGAAAGUUUUUCUUGACGCAAUCCAUAGACUGAACGAGAAAAAGCUAGCGACUGAGCAGCUUCUAUGUGUGGAUGAAGCGUUCAACAAUGAAAACAACAUCAAUUGUGAUAACCAAUUGCCGCCGGUGAAGCGAGCCGCUAGUGAAAUUUCGCUUACGGUCAACCCGAAAGCUUCCGAGCGGCCAACCUGUUCGAAAAAAAUCGUCAAAAUCUAUGUCGAAGAGGAUGAUGCCAACUCAGUAGUUACGAUGGAAGAUGAUGACUGUAUUUCGCCCGGCUACCAUACCUCGCUGCCGAUGGAAGUGCACGGUUCGUGCUACUCCAAUAUGCAAAUUAUCUCGCAAGCCUCCUACAGCAAACUCAAUUGUGCGGCGGUGAUCGUGACGCAGAAUUCGUUCGAUAUGGAAAUGUUUUCGGUCCAUGUGGCCAACCACAUCUGUACACAGGAUAGCAAAAAGUACGACUUCUUACUGGAUUCGGCUUACGAACUGACACACGUAUGCCCACUGACGGAAACUAUCACCUGCACAAUGGUUCUUCAGUUUACGGCAAACGAUGUGGACAGUAGCAAACCGCAGCAUUGCAAAAACUGUUCUGGAACGAUUGACUGUCAGACGCACCGGAAAGUGUACCAGUGUCGCUCGCUUUUUACUUGGUGCGUUACGAGCGGCGAAUGGUCGGUGUUAGACUAUGGGAAUCUCUGCUCUGGCCCGUACUUGAACAUGAAGAAACUUACCUCGAACUACAACCGUUUGCUGAAGAAGCUGCGAAGGUUCACGAAGAAACUGUUCGUUAAUGGGGGCGAAAGUGAGGCGAACCGAACGUACGACUAUCUGCAGCAUCUGCGUGUGCAUGAUUCUGACGUCAGCAAAACGAAGCAACGGCUGGUUGAUCUGGAAAACAUGAUCGAGUUCUACCGGAGACAUCCUGGCGAACGUGAAGAUGAGUUCAGUGCUUCCGAUUUCGAUAGCUAUGGGGAAGAGGAAGAAGAUGAGGAUGAUGACGAUGGCGAUAGCUCGGCUGAUAGUACCUCCCUAGUGGAGGGCACUUCCAUCGCCUCGGAUACCGUUAGCGAUGAGGACGAUUUGCUGUGAGGCUGCAUGAAUCAUAGUUUUGUUUUUGUUUUAAAUCUUCUUUCCCUGGCGGAAGAAAAUUCAGUGUUCACCCCGAGAUAACGUGAAGUGCUAAGUGAAUCAUUGAUUUUUUUUCGUUUUGAAACAUUUUGAACUACCGACAGAGUUACAAUGACCUGCGAAUCAUUGCUGGUCGUGCGUCUGAUCUAUCUUUGCGAGCAUGAGACUGGAUUCUACUACUUUUACUGAUAAUUAGGAUAUCAUGAUAAAUUAAACCAUUUGUAGUCCAAUCCUUUUGUAGAUAUUCAUUUUCCACGAUGAAACUCAUCACAGCAGUCACUUUUUACACUCUGCCUACUAUGAAGAUAUUGUCGUAGCUUUUUCACCGCAAAACGGAAGAAACUCCAAAAAGUUACAGGAAGGAGAAAAAGUAAAUUUAAAGAUAUGAUCUAUAGAUUUGAAUUGCCAUGAAGUUCGUUGUGUCGAGAUCUAUAUUCUACUGCUGGAGAAAAAAAGGUUGAACAGAUAAGGCAGAGAAGCUAGUGUGCUGCAGGUAUGACGUCUCGCCGGAGGUUGUGAUGAAGUCAUUUUCAUUUUUCUCUUUUUACCUA